CUCUCCCUUCCCUCUUUCCUCUCUCUCUCGAAAUAUAAUUUUAUAUAUAAAAACUGAAACAAGUAAUCUCUUCCCAGCAACUGAUAAGGUAUAUAAGCUAUAUAUCCAUCCCACCUUUUCUUCAUCUCUGAAUUAUCAAGUCUCUCUCAGUUCCUUUCCCUACACUGAAAUCUCUUUUACUCUGACAAUCUUCAUCCUUUCUCUAGUUUGAACAUGAACCUGAGAUUCUCACCACAAUUCUUAAGAUUUGUGGCACAAGUCUAGCUAGGUCAUGACUUGCAAUGGGAUGGCUUUCUUCCCAACAAAUUUCAUGCUACAAACUUCUCAUGAAGAUGAUCAUCAACCCCCCACCUCUCUCAAUCCAAUUCUAUCAUCAUGCACACCUCAAGACUUUCAUGGGGUUGCAUCGUUUCUAGGAAAGCGAUCAAUGUCGUUCUCAGGAAUCGAUAUUGGUGAAGAAGCAAAUGGAGAGGAUGAUUUGUCUGAUGAUGGGUCACAGGCAGGAGAGAAGAAGAGGAGGCUUAACAUGGAGCAGGUAAAAACCCUUGAAAAGAAUUUUGAAUUGGGGAACAAACUUGAGCCUGAGAGAAAAAUGCAGCUGGCUAGGGCUCUUGGUCUCCAACCAAGACAGAUCGCUAUUUGGUUCCAAAACAGAAGGGCUAGGUGGAAAACCAAACAACUUGAGAAAGACUAUGAUCUCCUCAAGAGACAAUAUGAAGCCAUCAAAGCAGAUAAUGAUGAACUCCAAGCUCAAAACCAGAAGCUUCAUGCUGAGGUUAGUNACUACUAA